AUGGUGUACACAACCCAGGCCGCCACUCUCGAGCCCUACGCCUUCUGGAAGGCCCACCCCGGCUGCGUCCACGCCCUGCUGCCGCUCGGCGAGGCCGCGGCGCUCUCCUUGUCAUCCGACGCGCUCGCGCUGCACACGGCGGGCGGCGUGCCGCGCAUGCGGAUGGAGCGGCGGCCGAGGAAGGGCGCCGCGGAUGCCGCGGCGGCGGCAGCGGCGGCGGCGGCCCCAGAGGAGGACUGGCUGUGCUGCGCGCUUGAGCCGGGCCAGGGCCAGAGCCGCGUGCUGGUGGGCGGCAGCGGGGGCGGCGUCACCACCGUGGACCUCGUUGGAUCUAAGAGGGCGGGCCAGGCUGACGUGGCCAAGGAGGGCGUCGUGGCGAUCAAGGCGCCGCCGGGGCGGGGGCUGCUGGUGAUGGGCACAGAGGGCGGCCGCGUGCUGCUCGGGGACGCGCGGCGCGGCGUCAAGGUCGACCACACGGCGCUGGCGCACCCCGGGGGCCUGGCCUGCCUGGACGCGCGGGCAGAUAUGGUGGUCACCUGCGGAUACGGCGUGCGAAUGGGGCAGACCGUCCCGGACAACACAGUCCGCGUCUUUGACCUGCGCUACAGCCUGCGGCCGCUCUUCGCGCUCACCGCGCCGGCGCCCGUGGCGGUCGCGUGGCACCCGCAGCUGCCCAUGGGGGUCGUCGUCGCCAGCGCGGACGGCAGCUUCUGCGUCGCUGACGUCAGCAACCCGGCGGCCGCGCACAACUACCAGGUGGCUGACCUUGCGUCCGUGGCGCCCGCGCCGCGUUCAUUCGUAUCGAUGCACGCAUGGGGCCCUGCCGCGCAGCGGGCUCCCUUCGUGUCCAGCCUUGUGCGUCGCGGCUCCGGGCCGGGGCUUGCUGCCGCCUCAUGA